UCAGAAACAAGAAACACUAUUCCCUAAGACUGUCCAGUUGUACCCUGUAAAUCGCAGGGACAAGUUAUGAAAGUGAGGCACUGACAAUAACACUGUCACAAACAAGAUGAAAGAAGUAAAGAUAGCCUGGCUCCUUUUCAUCAGUUUUUCACUGCUUUACGGUUUUGUUGCACCAUUGAACUGCACCAGCCCAACUCCUAAGGCCUUGUUUGAUGCACUUGAGACUGAAUUAUUUCCAAGAAAACUAUUUCGACCUGUAGGAAACUUUACAGAUGUCCUAAACGUAUCCAUCGAAAUGACUAUAGUGGGAAUUUUAGGAGUGAAUGAAAAAGAGCAGACCUUAACAGUAUUCAUAUGGCAAUACCUGGAGUGGGAUAUAGACGGACUGAGCUGGGAUGAGAAGGAAUGUGGAACUACAAGAGUCUCUGUCCCUCGAGAACAGCUUUGGGUCCCAGACAUCGUCAUCAAUGAGUUCAUGGACGAGGACAAAUCUCCCCAAACGCCUUAUGUCUACUUAUACAACACAGGUCAUGUUUAUGAUGAUAGGCCGGUCAGAGUGAUCGCCACCUGCAAAUUAGUCAUCUACACUUUCCCCUUUGAUAUCCAAAACUGCACUCUGACCUUUGAACCAUACCUGCACUUUGCUGAAGACAUAAAGAUGAAUCAAAGACAUUCAGCUGCAGAGAUCCUGGAGGAGUCCAGGGAUGUGCUACAUACCAGAGGAGAGUGGGAGCUUGUUGAUAUCAAACAAGCUCAAACAACCCUUGAAAUAACAGAGGGAAGCUACUCUGAGCUCAAAUACUUUAUCAUUUUGAGACGUAGGCCAAUCCUUUAUGUGGUAAACCUCCUGUUGCCCAGCUGCUUCCUCAUCACAUUGGACCUCUUCAGCUUCCUGCUGCCUCCCCAAAGUGUGGAUCGGUCCUCCUUUAAGAUGACUCUCAUCCUGGGCUACACCGUUUUCCUGCUCAUCAUGAACGACCUGCUGCCUGUCACUGGAAAUACAACACCUCUAAUAAAUGUUUUAUUCUCAGUCAGUCUGGCUCUGAUGGUGGCCAGCCUGUUGGAGACAGUGUUUAUCACCAACAUCCAGUUCAGCGCCAGCAAGUACAGAAAGGUGCCUCACUGGCUCAGUGUCCUUGUGCUACGAUAUCUUGCUGUUGUUGUUUGUCUCCCUCCAAAAAAGAUGAGCAACCGCAUCACAGUCUCCCUUCACCCACCUGCUAGAGCAAUGAGUCCCGGCAUCAUCUCUUCAAGAGAUCUUCAGAGCGUCUCUGGUGAUAUACCUCAUGAGAAACCCCCUCCGGAUCCACCCCUGGAUGAACUGAGGAAGCUGAGCAGAGAUCUCAUGGCCAUCCGCCUCCAGAUAGACAAACAUGCCCAGGGGAGCAAUACCUCAGAGGAAUGGCAAAUGAUCGGAUUAGUCAUUGACCGUCUGCUUUUUGGCCUGUACAUUGCCAUUAUCUCUUCCCUUUUUAUCACUAUCAUAACCAUCUGGGUCUGGAGUAACGCAGAACUUAGCUGACUUGAUGGAAGAGUUAAGUCAGACAGUUAUGUGGCUCAUCAGCAAAAGUUUGACCAGUUAGCAGCUUACAUUUAGAUUUAUUAUUCCGUAGUUCGAGUAAAAGAUUCAGAAUCUGAGUUAUUUGAUGCAGGAAAACAAAAUGAAAUGCAGAAAACAUCCAGUAUGUAUAGAGGGAAUGAUUACAGCAGGCUUAGCUUAUUUUAAUGUUUAUAUGGAUACCGAAUGUUUUUUAUAGCAGAAUUGAAAAAUGUGAACCUAUCCUUUAACCAGUAUUAAUUAUCUUCAUGAACCUAAGAUCAAUGGUUGAGUCCAAGUUCAAGUUUCUGUAUAAUUAAUUGGAGAUAUUCUGAUAACAGACCCUAUAUUUUAAAAUGUCAUGCGUACACUUCAAGCCCAAAACACACAAAAAAGUGUCUCUUUCCUGAAAUCAUGACCCAGUAACUCAAGAUAAUCCAGAGACCUUGUUGUGAACAGUUUAAUGUAGGAACUCUUUUCUCUCUACCAAACUACACCUGCCAAAUAUAUCAGAAGGAAGCGUGAAUCUACUCAUGGGUGACAGCAAAAGAUAUAAACAUUAACAAAGUCCUCCUUGUCUGAGCAGUAUCAUUAACUAGCUCAGUGCUAGGUGAUCUAGCAGUAGAUGCACGUUUCCCUCUGCGUGUUGAUACAGUUGUUGGGUGUAGUUUGGUGGAAAGAAAAUAGUUCCUACAAGAAACUGCUCACAACAAGGUCUGUGGAUUAUCUUGAGUAACCGGUCAUGAUUUCUGAAAAGAGACAUUGCUGUUGAGUUUUUCAAAUGUAUUUUAUGUCUGCUUUGAGCACCAGAAGCAGAGUGCCAUCUAGUUACAUUAUAUUUGAGAGAAGGCAGACAUCUCUACAGCUGAUAUCUCCAACACUCAGCAACUCACACCAAAACAAUUUAGACUGAUAAAUAACACUACAGGUAAGAGGAAAAAUAUGGAUUUUUAAAUUUUGGGGUUAACUGUCCCUUUAAACAACUAAAUCCAGUCAGGACCACUUAUUAACAAGCAUAUCUCAAGACACCUUAAGGUCUUCUAAUCCUCAUGAAUGGACAGUCUCUCGUGUCAAAGCUCAAUUCUAUUGUAGGCUAAUAGUUUCCCUUUUUUCGGAGAUCAUUAAUCUCUUUCUGCUGCUUUGGGAAGUCUUUAUUUUCUCAUCUUUAAACAAGAUGUUUAUGCUUUUGGUUUAUGUGUACUGACAAUGAAAAAAUGACAAACUAUGUAAUGGUGUUUUUGUUUGUAUCUGCUCUAUAAAUGUCUAUUUGUGUCUAUAGGAUUGCAUUGAAAAUGAGAUGCUAUAUCUCAAAGGGAUAUAGAUAAAUAAAUCCCUUAUACAGCACUGGAUAAUGAAACAGAUUGUAACUCCUAUAGGUGCCAGUAUUGAAAAUAAAAUGGUGAAGUUGUUACCCUAAGUGGAACAAUUGCUCUGUUCCCUGUGUGUUUGUUUAUGUUUUAGAUCAGGGAUUUUCAAAGACUGACACUGUUUUGUAACCUACGGGUUAAACCUUUAUAUUAAUGUUAUUUGAUUACAUAUCUUUAUCUAUAAAAUAAAGAAUACUGCAUGUGUGAAAUCUGAAAUGUGAAUUAAACACAAAAACGUU